AUGUCCUCAGUGGCUCUCGACAUUAUCGCUGAGACCAAAAGGCGUAGUCUAAACAGGGACAUCAAACCGGACUCGCCAAUUAGAGGCAAGAUUGGAAAGUGUACGAUUCACCACGAGUCAGAAUUUAAAGCGCUCUGGGACUGGUUUGUCCUCGCUCUGGUGCUUUACAUUUCAAUUGAAAUCCCAUAUGAAGCGGCAUUCUUCCAGAAGGAAGCGCGAAGUAAAGGAGUAUGGCAAAAAAUUUCCUCGGGGGAGCCCCGUGAGGUGGUGAACCUUUUGGUCGACUUAAUGUUCAUCGCUGACAUACUGAUAAAUUUCCGGACGACUUACGUGGACACAACAUCCGCAGUAGUGAUCAGCGCACCCAAGAGGAUCGCCAUUCAUUAUCUAAAGACUUGGUUUACGAUAGAUUUUGUGUCCGCCAUACCAUUUGAUUACUUCAUUCCGGACGAGUUUGAAGGGGUAUGGAAACUAAUUAACAAAGCGCUCCACUUUAACUGGGAAAACUGGCUCUAGUUGUGAGAGUCUGUCUAUUAAUCUUGCUGUAUUUUUGUUCCUACUCUGUGAAAAAGUCCUUCCUCAUAGCAACAAAAAUUAAACUUCAGUUUGCGCUGAAGUUUGGACGGUAAUACGAUGAUAUUGUUUCUGAUCGCUCACCGACAGAUUAUUGACUGUCGGACGCCUGUUGGCUGACGGGUGGGCUUAAAACUGUCGGCCGACAGGUUUUUUCAGGGAGUUGUUCUCCACAAUUUUACAAAUGCAAUUACAUUGAGCCACAUCAAUAACUAGAGCUCUUCAAAAUGUCGCAACUGCUCUAUCUCUCAAUUAAUUACGAUAUUUUGAAUUUGAUCCACAAAGCUUCUGUAAUUCGAAUUUUGAAAGGAAACAUUUCUAAACUAAGUAAUGAAUCGGUGAUUGCGAUAAAGCUCUUUAUCUUGUCAAAAAUAGUGAAGCAUAACAACUUAACGAAUCCUUUUAUUUCCAUUGUCUCAGGCUGCUACUGUCGCUGGUCUGUUGAAAACUGCUCGUCUCCUUCGUCUCGUCCGAGUCUCCCGCAAAAUGGAUCGUUAUUCUGAAUACGGUUUAGCGGUCGUUUUCCUGCUGACGUCUCUUUUCACUCUUGUUGCCCAUUGGCUGGCUUGUAUCUGGCACGUAAUUGGCAGGGAAGAGAUUGGAGUCCCGUAUGGUUGGAUUCAACUUUUGGCGGGAACAUUAAACAAACCGAUAAAUGAAUCAUUGCCGGGAAGCGGACCGGGGGCUGGGACCCGAUACAUCACAGCUUUGUACUUCACGUUAACCAGCCUGACGAGUAUCGGAUUUGGGAACGUUGCUCCUAACACCGACAAUGAAAAAAUAUUUUCUGUUAUAACGAUGUUGAUAGGAGGUAAGUAAAGUGCGUCUCUUUUUAGUUCCUUUGGCAAAAACGUUUUUCCUCACAUAAAUUUUGGUUUCCCAAUGUAAAAUAAUGCUCGUCUUGAACAGAUAGGAUCGCAAGAGUUUCAGGCGCCCUACCAAGGGCUUCUAUGACCAGCAGACCUGACAGAACGACCAAACUUUAUCAACAGAUUAUAUUUGACCAAUCUCGAUUGAAGAAUGCAUUUUGACUGGUAGUCAACCCUUACUGCUUAGCUGUAUCCUGUAAAGAAGACUUCUAUAACAAAUUUAUUUUCAAUAUGGUUUAGCCAUAUUUGAAUCUGGCUGAUAUUUUUUUUUAAAAUAGCUCUAUUUUACGCGGUGAUCUUUGGAAACUUAACGGCCAUCAUACAACGUCUUUACUCCCGUUCAGCCCGAUAUCAUGGAGAUAUGCGAGUCGUUAAGGAAUUUAUUUCCUUAUAUAACAUACCAGAAUCCCUUCAAGGGACCCUCCGAGAAUACUUUACCAUGGAACAAGCGGCAACUAAAGGGAGUGAUAUCGAAUCGGUAAGAAGAGGUGCUGGUGUACAUUAGUUCGAGGUUUAUAUAUAUGUUUUUGCUAAAAACUCACGGGGCCUUGCUUAGGGGAAUUCUUUGAGGUCGUCUUCCUAUCUCCCUCAGGGGAUCCCCGUGGAAGUUCCGUAAUGUCGUCAGUCGUCAGCAUGUUCCGAAGAAGAUCUCAGUGUAAGGUUCCCUUGGGUGGUCUUAAACAUAUUUCCAAGAAGAUCUCUUCAAGAAAUUCCUUGGGGUCUUCCUUGGCAUUUCCUUAAGGGGAUCGCAUAAACGCAUUAGAGACAAAAGAAACUUCCCCGGACAACUUUCACUCCAUAUUCCCUUCCCUCUCCUAGGGGUCUCUUAUACAGUAUGACACUUAGAGGGUAUCCCGCAAGUGCUUCAAGGAGCGAAUCUGGUAGUCUCGUCUCUCUCUCUCUUAGAUUUUUGAUAGACGAAAAGAUUUUCCCUAUAAUAGCCUCCGAUCUCAUUUAUUAUCUUCUGCCAUCAGAUCAUGUACCGCUUUCCUGAAUCACUUCAAGCCGACAUUAGAGUUCACAUAAACCGCCAGGUGUUUGAAGAAUUUGAGAUUUUUCGUGGAGCAAGUGAAGGCAGUCUCCGCGCUCUCGCGAAGGCAUUUCGUGUCGAGAUGUUUCCUCAACAUCACUUCCUGUUGAAGGAAGGCGACCAGGUCACUAAGCUCUAUUUCAUUGUGUCCGGCACUGUGGAUGCCAUACAGAGUCAACAAAGUAUGAAGUUUCUGGGUAAGGACGGAUGGUCACCGGUUUCAAUUCAGUGUUAGGGUUCGAUAGGCAGUGUCAAAUUUUAUCCGUAGGAUUCAGAGAAUUUCCCGAACAAAAACAACUUAUGAUCGGUUAACGCGGUUCCUAACAAACUCACAACAUUUAAAUUCGUUUGUCUUUUCUCAAAAAUUCAAAGAAACUAACUGGCGUCUCGUUCUUUAGGUCCGGGAGAGAUUGUUGGUUGUAACGUGACAUCGUUUCAAAGAAGGCCUGGUCACUCUUUUAAAUCCAAAGCUAACCUCGUCUCCAAGGUUAAUUCCCAGGUCCAUCUCAUCGAAUGGCAGGAUCUUCUGCGAAUCACAAGAGUGUAUCCUGAAAUCAGGGAACGCGUUAUGGAACAGAUGGAGCUAUCUUAUGACCUGGAUUCUACAGAAAUGGUAAGAAAACAAAAAAUUUAAAAAAAGUAUCGCCUUGGAUAAAACAAGGACGACAAAACCACUGCUAACCCUGCGGCGGGUUUUGCACGUGACAAAAAUAUUCUGCAAACUGACUACCUUCUAGCGUCGUUAUACAACCUUAAGUUCUUUUACAAAAUUGUGCUCUAUCAGGAGCCACAUGCAGUCUUAGACUGUUUAUUUUUUAUUCUACUUGACGCUCCAAAGCGCCAGUCGCGUAACAAGUUUCUAUGCUGUACCUGCUUCACGAUCGGUCAGUAUCUCCAAGUUUCAACCCUUUCUCUGUUUUCCGAUUGAUUUGCAACGCACAGGAAUAUAGAGAUUCCAGGGCAGGAGAUCGAAAACAAGACUGCGUCGACUUAAUCCAAAUGCCCGCCGAUGAAAACAGUGCUCAAGUUUUAGCUCUCCGACGACGAAGGUCACGGUCUAAUACUGUGGAAGAAUACUCCAACACAAGCGACCGCACAUCAAAUGAAUAUCAGAUCAACAGAGAGCUGUUUACCACCAAUAUAGAUGUACAGCAAUUAGAAGCAAGGCUAGGACAUAUAGAAGAUUUAUUGAUCAAAAUUGCCAAGUCCUUAAACAUAAAAGACGGCGUGAUACCUAAAAGCCAAUCAACUAAUGACUUGUUUGCUAGUACUUCGUACGUGUAACUAGGUUCCCUAAGGGACCAGUUAUAAUUUAUUCAUUGGGAGAUGGCUUGGGGUCAGAGGAAAUGAGGGGAUCAUGGGUCACAUGGCUUUCGGGGGAAACGGAAGGGGAAUCAGUCGUCGUUAACAGAGUAUGAAGGCGGGCGGGGACUAUAGAAAAUUAUUGCCAAUGAGGUUGAACUAUAGGAAUACUAAAGAGCCUUAGGGGGAG